CUUACAUGAGCGACCCGGAGCGAACAGUCGCCAUCAUUGGCGCCGGUGUUGCUGGAUUAUCCCAAGCUAUUGCUCUCAAAACCAAGCUCGGAUUUCACAAUUUCACUAUAUAUGAGAAAGGGUCUGAAGUUGGUGGAGUAUGGAGAGCCAACACAUAUCCUGGAUGCUCGUCGGAUAUCGAAAUUCAUUUUUACAGCUUAUCAUCAGACCUGUACCCAUACUGGAACAGGUCGCAUGGCCUUCAACCGGAGAUUCAAGCCUACUGGAUUAAUCUUUCAAAGAAAUAUAAUCUGUAUCCACACAUCGCAUUCAACACAAAAGUGUUAUCCGCCGAGUGGGAUGAUGCGAAACAACGAUACACUCUCGUGGCGGAAGACGUCUUUUCAGGCAAGAGAAUGACCAGUGUCGCCCACGUCGUGAUAUCUGCCCUUGGUAUUAUGGAGAUCCCAAAGAUUCCGUACGAGAUCCCUGGAGUUCAGAAGUUUAAGGGGGCUUCGUUUCACUCCGCACAGUGGCCAGGGUCAAUAGAUUUGCAGAACAAGCGUGUCGCUGUGAUUGGAAAUGCAUCUUCCGGGGCACAAUUCGUGCCAUCUAUAUCUGAAGACCCGUCUGUCGAGGUAAUUAACUUCAUCCGCACCCCAACCUGGUUCAACACCCGACCACAUAUUCCGUACUCGGACACUGAUAAGUGGAUGUUUGCUAACAUCCCUCUGGCGAUGCAACUUCACCGAGCGUGGAUAAUGUUCCGGUACGAUUUCCCCUCUCUCCUACCCCCGAGUGAUAAGGCUCUCAAGAAACAACGUGAGGCGAUGACGAAAUACAUCUUGGAUAACAUACCGAGUAAAUACCAUGCUCAUAUGAUACCCGACCAUCCUCCAGGCUGCAAGCGAACUGUCGCAAACAGUGGUUUCCUCGACAGCCUCCAUCGCCGUAACUUGUCUCUGAACUUCGACGGAAUCGCUGAAAUAAUGGAGAAUGGCAUCCUCACAAAUACUGGUGAAAUAUUGCCAUUUGAUGUCAUCGUAUACGCGACUGGGUUCAUUGGCGAGCGGUACCCGGUGCACGUCCGAGGCUUGAAUGCAGUUACUAUCCAAGGCUAUUACGACGCGCACGGUGGCCCUACCGCAUACAUCGGGACUGCAAUUCCAGACAUACCGAACUUUUACUUGCUAAAUGGACCAAAUACCGGAACACGAACAUCAGCGUUGUUUCUUGCAGAAGUCCAGAUUGCAUACAUCCUUCAACUCAUAGAACCGGUCCUUACCGGUUCCGUCUCAUCCUUCACCGUCAAAGCCACACCCACAGAUACAUACAACGCCAAGCUGCAAGAACGGCUCUCCCGCUCGGUGCACGUACACUGCUCCUCGUGGGCGCGUGCGAACGGUACAGGCAAGGUAUUCUAUCCGUACCCUUGGGCUGUGACGGUUUGGUGGUGGCGGCUUCGCAAACCGAUUUGGGCACAUUAUGGGGCGGUCGGCGCCGACAAAUGGAUGUGGGCAGGGCGAAUCAAGGCUGUUAAGAAGAUUUUGAAAUGCAGUGCAAUCUUAACGUUGUCGUGGUUAUACAUUCGUGGUUCUGCUCAGCGGAUUUUACACGACAUGGUGGCGAGCGACUACUUGAGUAAAUUUGCCCUCAGUCUUUGAGACAGAUAAUACAUAUAGGUAGAAACGGGACGGCUUUUGUCCUGUUUGGAAGAUUGGCAAAAUAUUAAGAAUGUUACAACGAAAACAGACCUUUUCAGUAUGUUCAUCCAUGAUUAUGAGGAUCAUCCCUCAUUGUCCGAUGCCUG